GGAUCCCCGCGGGGGGUCUUGUCACCAAGUGAGCUGUCAGUAGCCAGUAGCUGCGUCUGGUGUGGCCUUCGUCCCGCCUUUCGGAAGUACCCCCUCCUUCCGGGGCGGGCCAAAGGAGGCCGCUUCCGGGAGCCGCGCCGUUGCCACGACGACGAAGUUCCCGGCAUGCCUCGCGGCGGCGGGCUCAUGGCACCUGGGUUGCGACCACUUCUGCUGCUCGCGUUCUGGAUGCUGGCGUCUUCCGCCCGUAGUCCCGCGGAGGCGAACGACGGAGGAUGGCCGCGGUAUGGGCCGGGGGCACCGGUGGCCGUGGCGGAGGAGGAACGCUGCACGGUGGAGCGCCGAGUGGACCUCAGCUACGCCGAGUUCAUGCAGCACUACGCCUUCUCCAGACCUGUCAUUCUGCAAGGGCUCACAGACAACUCGAGGUUCCGGGUCCUGUGCUCCCGUGAAAGGCUACUGGCCUCUUUUGGGGACAGCGUGGUCCGGUUGAGUACUGCCAACACCUACUCCUACCGGAAAGUGGAUCUGCCCUUUCAGGAGUAUGUGGAGCAGAUGCUGCACCCUCAGGAUCCCCUCUCCAUGGGCAAUGACACCCUGUACUUUUUCGGGGACAACAACUUCACUGAAUGGGCAUCACUCUUUCGGCACUACUCUCCACCUCCAUUUGGUCUGCUAGGUACCACUCCUGCUUAUAGCUUUGGAAUUGCAGGAGCCGGCUCUGGGGUGCCCUUCCACUGGCAUGGUCCCGGGUUCUCGGAGGUGAUCUACGGCCGCAAGCGCUGGUUCCUGUACCCCCCUGAGAAGACACCAGAGUUCCACCCCAACAAGACCACGCUGGCCUGGCUCCGGGACACAUACCCGGCCUUGGCACCAUCUGCACGGCCCCUGGAAUGCACCAUCCAGGCUGGUGAGGUGCUGUACUUCCCUGACCGGUGGUGGCAUGCCACACUCAACCUCGACACCAGUGUCUUCAUCUCUACCUUCCUCAGUUAGCCAAAGGAAGGGGGUAGCUGGCGAACCUGUUGCACACCAGCACACGCCCCUAUAGUGCUCACAGAUUUUAUUACAGGGACAGUGGUGGCAGCAGCAGCCUCAGCCCCUCACCCACUAUUUCUGGUCUAUAAGAGGGAUGAGUGGAGACUCAUGGCCCAGAAGAACUGAUGGGGGUGGGAUGGGGACACCAGCGCAGAGAUCCAGGGACAUAAACUAUGUACAGAGGCUAAAGGCUACUGCCCUAAGGCCCUACUGUGCCAGGGUACCAGGCAAGGCAGGGUGAGUGACCCAUGCAUUUGCCCUGCCUCAGUAGUCCUCCACCCAGCCAUUCUCGGAGAUGAAUGCAUCGAUGACCUCUUUCAUGGCCAGGUUGGGGAUGAGCUGUUCCUGGGUCAGGGGACUCCGAGUCACAGGGUCAAAAUGGCCCACACGCUGCAGUGACAACAGGAUCAAGAUUAGAAUAUGUUCAGUGGGUGUGGGCCGUGCUCCCAACUCCUAUGGGCUCUCACCUGCAGAUGCUCCUCGAUGUCUUUGCGGUCAUAGGUGAUGCCACUGGGUGUGAUGCAGGGCUCCCGCAUCAGCUCAAAGCUGAUCUUGCCACACAGGUAGUCGGGGAUGUCUCGCUUCUGCAGCACACAGGGUCAGGUCAGGGACCAGGAAAGGAUGCUGCUCUGGCUCCUACCCACAGACCCCAGAGGAAAGCCAGCUCACCUUUCUCUUCUCGUCCACCUGGGAGAAGAGCUCAUCCAUGUCUGCCAAGUACUUGUCCUGCAAAGAGCCAAGCAGCUUCACAUGGGUCUAACACCCCAACUCCCUUCCCCAGGCACUGGCACACACAGACCCAACUGGAGCCAGGGGCACCUCACACCACAUGCGUGCAAACACACACAGGACCCACGCUUGGGCCAGGGCACCCUCACAUGCUUGGCCUCAAUGCAGGCCUGCUGGGCUCGGAUGUGGCUAUCAUCCUCAUCACCCUCAUGGUUCCGCUGACACUCUUCCAGCUCCCUGGGGGGUCAACCAAAAGCUGAUCAGGAGUGGGUCUGGCCAGGAGAGGUCAGACUCCACUCCAACCUUGAGUUUAUUCAGGCCUUGUUCCCCUCCAUCCGCUGCUUACCAGUUAGCCUUCAAUAAACACUUGUGACUCACAGUUAA